AUGGCAUCGCCAUCAGGUUCUGUGCCUUAUUAUCCUUCAGCCGAUGCACAAACAUAUAGAGACCUUUUGAUCUUUGAGGAAAGGCUAAAGCAAAAUGCUGCUCGAUUAGUCAAACGAAGAAAAAAGUAUCAGACCUUUCUGGUACUUCUUUGUGGUGCGAUUGGAUUGUUUUCUUAUUAUGUCUUCGUUCAGCCAUCCAAAUGGCAACCGCUGCACUAUCUCAAUGUCACUGUUCUAUUGAUCACUGCGACUAUGCUCUUAUUAUUCUUUGCGAGUGGAAUGUAUGCCGAACGUAUAACGGCAGCUAACAAAUUCGUCCCACAAGCAAACAGGAGCUUGCGAUCGUUCAAUAUGUAUCUUAAUACCCGGGCUGCACCGAGAAAAUCAAUAUUCUCAUACUUUCGACAGCAAGAAUCCGCAUUUACUCUACGUCGGACACCGCUACACAUUCCCACCAUUCCACCUUCUUCCAAUCCACGUGGUGAAUUGAUCUUUAGUAGCAAAGUGUCCAAUCAAUUCCGCGAAGGAUAUGAGCGAUAUAGAGCAGCAUUCGAACGUAGAAGGGCAGAGAAGAUGCAAGAGAGACGACAGAGCGGAUGGAGAGGAUGGUGGAUCUUUGGCGGGGGA